GAUGACGUGAGGCAGAAAGUGCACCUGAAUACCUUUGGCUUCUUCAAGGGUGGUUUCAUGACAGUCAAUGUCAGCAACCUUUCACUGAAGCCACCCCUGGGCUCUGAUGACAAGAGCAGCUUAUCAGUGGGGUUCAGCUUGGAUCGCACAAGGAACGAUGGGUUCUCCACUUACCUGGAUGAAGAAGUGGAUUACUGUAUCUUGAAAAAGAAACCAGAGCAGGAGGUCUCUGUUGUAAUCUUACUUCUGGACUUCAAAACUGAAGUCGUGAAAGUACGGUUCUCUGCAGAAGCUGCUUCUUUGUUACCUAAAAUUUCAUUUGUGUCUGAAGAAAAUGUUACUGCCUUAAGUACCAAAUCGGUACAGACUUCCCAUUCUGAUAACAGUCCUGCGCAGACCAACCAAAAUACAGACAGCAAAGAUAAGAGGUCCAAACGAAGUACAACGCCAUCCCAGAACGUGGUAGAACAAGAACAUCCUGUUCACAAUGACAGAGGAACUUUCUCAUUUCAGUUUUUUUUCAACAUCAGCUCUGAUAACCAAGAAGGUCUCUACAGCCUGUAUUUCCAUAAAUGUGUUAUCAGCGAGGGGUCGACUCAUGAUCAGCGGCUGUUUACUCUUGAUAUAGAAAUUACGGAAAAGAAUCCUGAAAGCUACCUCUCAGCGGGUGAGAUCCCACUGCCAAAACUUUACAUUUCCAUGGCUCUCUUCUUCUUCCUGUCUGGGACUGUAUGGAUCCACAUACUUCGUAAGCGCAGAAAUGAUGUCUUCAAGAUUCACUGGCUGAUGGCAGCCCUCCCUUUCACAAAAUCUCUGUCUUUAGUCUUCCAUGCGAUCGACUAUCACUACAUUUCUUCUCAGGGAUUUCCUAUUGAAGGCUGGGCUGUUGUUUAUUACAUCACUCACCUACUGAAGGGUGCUCUUCUGUUCAUCACUAUUGCCCUUAUUGGCACAGGCUGGGCGUUCAUUAAACACAUCCUCUCAGAUAAAGACAAAAAGAUUUUCAUGAUUGUCAUCCCACUUCAGGUCCUGGCAAAUGUGGCGUACAUCAUCAUAGAGUCGACAGAAGAGGGGACAACGGAAUAUGGCCUGUGGAAAGAAAUCCUCUUCCUGGUAGACUUGCUGUGUUGUGGAGCCAUCCUAUUUCCAGUGGUAUGGUCAAUAAGACAUUUACAGGAGGCAUCAGCAACAGAUGGGAAAGCUGCCAUUAACCUAGCCAAGCUGAAGCUGUUCAGACACUACUACGUCAUGAUUGUGUGUUACAUUUACUUCACACGGAUCAUUGCAAUUCUCAUAAAGAUUGCUGUUCCAUUCCAGUGGAAAUGGCUGUACCAGCUGCUGGAUGAAAUGGCCACGCUUGUCUUCUUUGUCCUCACUGGGUACAAGUUCCGUCCAGCGUCAGACAACCCUUAUCUACAGCUUUCUCAAGACGAUGAGGAUGACUUGGAGAUGGAAGCUGUGGUGACAACUUCCGGAGUAAUGGAAGGCAUGAAGAAGGUCAAGAAAGUGGUGAAUGGUUCCGCAGAGCCCCGGGGCGAGUGGGAAAACACGGCAUGACGAACUGGACUAAGGCAGCACUUUCAGAGAAACUUUUUUAAUUUAUUAAUAUUAUUCUCAGUGGAAAGGGAGCAACUAGCACUUCCCAACACUGAAGCUGCAGAGUGGGGUGUGUCUCGGGGGAGCAAAGCAGUGCAGAAAUGUAACUAUUCCUCUGAUGGUAAGAAAACGGCAUCUCUUGGCACCGGCGAGGAGUGCGAAGCUUUCCUAGGGACUUUGGGUAGCUUAUGGGUUUGUUUUUUAUUUUUUUUCCCCCUUUCUGGAUCGGUUAGGUCUUCUGAAUUGUUUGCAGUUGCGUUCUUAAGGCUGUGUAAUACUGAUGUGAAGAGAGACCUUUAGUGUGUAUGUAAAGUAUAUAUUUUAUAUAAUGCGCAUAUAUAUACACACACUUGCUAUGUAACAUGUAUGCUGGUUAUUACAAAGCAUGUCAGAAGGUGGGAAAAGAAGACGAGAGAUGUA